UUUGUUAAAUCUACAGGGAAGAAAACCCUUAAAAGAAAAAUGUGACACCAGUUUCGUGCUGCACAGGCUGGCAUGAGAUGACGAUGGUGAAGAAAGGGUCAGGAAUGGCCGCUUUUAAAUUCACAACCAUCAUAGUCUGUGCUGUUUUGGUUGGACAGAGGACAGGAGGUGAAAAAGUGGACCACAGAGAUGCUCUCCUGAAGGAGAUCGUCUCAAAAUGGAGUAAAGAAGCAGGUUUGAGACCCCCACCUGAAACCAACAAGGACCAGUCUUUGCCCUCUUGGGUUAGAAGCAUUAUGGGGGGGUUAAAAACUUUUUUUCCCAGUAAGAACCUUCCUUCAUUAAACAAGCCAAUAGACAGACGCCGUCUCUCUGGAUUCCUGUACAACAUUUCUCUGUAUCUGCAAGAGAUGGGUGCUGAGCUGGAGGACGUACCCGCAGAGCAAGAUGAGGACCAGCUCUGGGAGAAGGUGCUGCAUUUCUUUCUCCAGUCUGAAGGCAACGCAGCCCUGAACCAGUGGAACGGCCAUGUACCGCCCAGACCCAGCGUUAAAGUGCAGGACUGGUUUUUGUCCCUGAGAGGAAGUCCGCACUGGGACUGGCUGCUGGGGCUCCUGCAGAGUCUCAUCACUCUGUCCGAGCGUCAGCCCCAGAGGCCAAUCUUGGCUUUCUUAUCUCAGAACUGGAGGACGGUGAGCGCUGUGCUGGAGGCGACACUGCAGGCUGUAAUCAGCGGGACUUACGGCCAGGCCAGCGCAGGCCUUCAGGGCUUCAUCUGUGCUCUGAAGGGUCGUAGCGAUUGCGCCUUUAGUGUUAGCUGGCUUCAGCAGCUGCUGCAGUUCCUGGAAACACGCAACUGGAAGCCAGUGGUCAGUUUGCACCCAGCAGGGGAACCUGUAGGACAUGGCAAGGGCCCCAGUGCAUUUGGACGCUUUAAACCCUUCAGUUUGCCCCCUGAGGCCAUGUUGAGGCAGGACAGGUUUUCAGCAAAUGCAUCUGCGGAAAACAUGAUGAGCAUAGAGGACGAGUUGGACUCGGUGCAGAGCUUCCUGCUGCAGGCUUUGUCUCGUUCAGGUGGCGGGGAUCGAGGCGGGCAGCAGGCCCAGAAAAACCUCGCUCUCGUGCAGAGUUUGGAUGGACUGAGACGAGGCCUUCUGCACAGGGUGGGCAGUUCUGUCUACGGCAGCCUGAGGGAGAAAGUGUCACGAGUUACCAUGGCGAUACUCGACGAUGUGAGCAGCCUGGUGGAAGUGCCGCAGCCCAACUUUCAGGGCCGCUGCUCUGUGGGCAACUUAAGGCAGCUGAUCCUGUGGGGGAUCAGACAUAAUGUGACGUGGAACGCUCAGGCUUUGGGCGCCAGCUCUCAGGGUCUCCCAAGCUCACUCCCGUUUCUCUCCUGCCCCUCCACCCAGGAGGGGAAAUUACAGUCACCUCCACUGCCAGCUCAGUCAUCAAAAAAGACUCUAUCUUCACAGAAACCCUUCAAACAGACUCAAAGUCAUAAACCCUCAGCUGCAGGUCCCAGACAGUUCACAGAGAGUAACAGGAAGCAGAAACAGAUGGAGUUCUUCACCUCCACAGAAAUUCUGGAGGCAGCGUGUAAUGACUCCAUCCCAGGCUUGACGGGUGUCUCGAACUUCACCGUCUUCCUCUACUGCAAACUGUUUGAAGGCGAGAACGGGUCGGGUAAUCCUGCUGCGACUCAUUUAGGGCUCGAUCUGCAUGCCACUUGCUCGGAUGCAGCCUGGUACCUGUCUGCUGUUGAGGAGGACUUCUUCUGGGUCCAUGUCUGCACUGAGUUCUUUGCCCAUGAAUUCAACAACACGGUGUGUGCCAACUCUUCUUUCUGGCUGCAGAAAGCACAGCAGGCUGCAGCACUACAGGACUAUCAUUUCUUUAACCACACAAGCAUUGAUGACCUUUGUGUGCAGCUGUCAAGAGAUGCAGCAUUGAAUCCUGAACUCAGUGAGAACUGUCUGGCUCAGCUGGGCAGCAAGUCGCUCAAUGCCGAAGCUUUCAGAAACUGCUUCCUUCCUAAUAACUCGGUACUGAUCUCAGCUCUUUGUGGCAGAGACUCCCCUGGUUCCCAGCAAUCCUUGCCAGAAGGCAGCUGGGCUGCAGCAUACUGCUCCAAGAUUGACAACCUCACCUUUGACGACACAUUCAGAGAGCCCUGUCAAUACAGAGAAUGGACUGUGGAAAAGUUCACCAACUUCACACUGCUGGAGUUGUGUGGACAGACUCAGGGACUGAGAGAGCACAUGUGUUUAAAUGCUACGCUGUACAAGCAACUGGUAGGACUGAUACCACAGUUUGCAGAUGUCUGUUCAGACCUGCGGGCUCAGCAGGAAAGCAGUAAGUGCCUUCUGCAAAGGAUUUUUGACAUGCUUCCAGCACGCUAUGAGUUUGACACCUCCCAGCUGUGCGUGGAGCCGGCCCCAAUGCUGAUCGACCUCAUACACAAGCUGAGUGUGUGUGAGAUGGACGUUGGCGAGCAAGAGGGGUUUCUGGUGGUGCUGGGCUACGUGCUACGUGUCUUGGACUUUGUGGUGGGUCUGUCCUCGGGGCUGGACGAAGGAGAACGAGAGGCGAGACAGGGUCUGGGCCAGGCCAUCCUCCUGUCCAGUCUCCUUGACAACACUUCCUGGGCCAGCUUGCAACCGGAGGCCUCCACAAGCGUCCUUCACACCGUGGGGGUCUUCCUGCGCAGAGAGCAGAACACCACCGUGAAGGAGGACCUGCUGAGCUGCUUCAGUCCUGUCCUCUGGGACCUCAUCCAGCAAAAUGGAAACUCGUCCGCUCUCAGGGUUCUGUUGCAGGAGUAUCUCCAGAUGCCAAAAGACAGCAUUCGUUCUCUGGUGAUGUCUGCAGAGAAAGAGGCUGUGAAGAGAUUUAUCUCCCACAUGCAUCAAAGUUGGGACCAGCUUCAAGUUGAAACCAGCCAGGCCUCUCAACAAGAGUUGCAGGCCAUGGAGACAAUGACAGCGGCUUUCAUCCACAAGUUCCCCAGAGUGACCCCAGAGCUCUUUGUUGACCUUUCUCAGUUCAUCCCCUUCAUGUCUGUUUCUGACAUAAUGAACUUCCCAGCCUCCUUGAUUGUGAACGACAGCGUGCUGACAGCCAUUCGUGACCACAGUUCAGAGAUGAAGUCGUUGCAGAAGAAGGCUUUUGUGAAACGACUGCUGCAGUCAAACAUGGUGGGCGACGUGCCCACAUGGCCUCCGUACUUCCUCAGCUCCAUCCUCCCACUUCUGCCUUACCUACCUGUCCAUCAUUUUCAGCAGCUGACAUCUCAACAGCUGUCUCCUCUGGUGGAGUUGAUAGGCAACAGCAGUCUGGAUGGCGUGAGGGGCCGCCAUGUGCUGCGGACAAUUUUUAGUAAGAGAAAGAACCUAACUGGUGAUGACCUGCUGAGAUUAGGAGUUCUCGCGUGCUACUUGGAUCCUGCAGAACUGGGUUUAUAUCUCCAGGACCCAGCUGUGUCCUCUGCUCUCUGGCAGCAGCUGUCUCAGUGCAUUUCCAAGGGGCUCAUCAGUUCCAGCGGCAGGCUGUCAUCCUGGUUGAUCCCAGCAGUAUCAAGCAGGCUGAACAUCAGCAGCGUGACAUCUUCAGAGCUGUCUGCACUCAGCGGUUUGCUGCCCCAGUUAGGAGCCUCCUUCCUGCUGUCACUCACCUCACAACGACUGCUGGAAAUCCUGUCACAGCCGGGUUUUCACACAUUUUCACCAGCGCAGUCAUUUCAAAUUUUAUCCAAGAUCAAAAAAGACAGUAAUCUUUCUGUGGAAAACCUGUGCAGCCUGAAGCCGUUACUCUCCGGUCUCUUCCCCGCUGCGCUCCGAGACCUCCGGUGGACUGAUUUCAGUGAGGAUGCCCACUGUCCGUGCUGGAGAAGGCUGCAAACUGAGCUCAAGCCUGGACACAGAGCCAUGUUAUUCAAUGCAAUGCAGGAGACUCUCCACAAAGACUCGAGGAACUUCUCUCAGCAGGCAAACUGUCUGCUUCCCUUUGUCCCUCUCAGAAAGCUGAUACCAGCUAUGAGUGGCGACACCAUUUGGAGAGGCAUUAGCGCAUACAGAGAUGUACAGUGGUCUCCACAGCAGGCUCAAUUUCUGUUCAGACAGAUCUAUGAAUUCAAAACUAUCACCAUCAAGAUGGUGAAAGACCUGGGUCAUGUUGCUGCUGGAAUGAGUUGUGACUUUGUGAGGCGUUUGACCAACCACACAGAUUUUACUGAGCUGCUGCAGUUUUUGACUGAUCUACCUGGAGGUCCAAGACCGGCUCUGCGAAAAUGCCUUGUAGAUGAGCUGCGGAAACAACCUGAACUUGACCUCGGUUCUUUGAGUUCUGGGUUUGCAGCAACAUUACCUGUAACAAUGCUAGAGAACCUGUCAAAUGCGUCUGUCAGAGGAAUCCUGAGCCACAUUCAGCUACACUUUCUUGAUUUCCUGAGACUGCCUCAUUAUAAGCAGACAAGUUUAGCUGGGAAGGCCUUAUCUGAGCUGGGUUCUUCUCUGGCUCAGGGGAUGAUUGAUGGCGCCCUUCUGGAUGUCCUGGGGCCUCUGUUGCCGUUUUUGGACAGAGACAGCCUGGCUCUGGUGGACAGAGGAGCGCUGGCUCUGCGGCUGGAAGAGAUGAGGAGUUUCUGCCUUCCCAAAGAGGCGCUCAGAGACUUUAGUGACCUUCUCACUCAGAGAGAUUUGCUUGGAAAUCCAUCCAAAUGGCAGGUUGGGGAUGUUGAGCAUCUGGGAAGGUUGGUGUUUGCUCUCUCAACAAAGCAGAUCAACUCCAUCCCCCUGACGGUAUUAAACAAGACCACAGUGGAGCAGGUUCUGGUGGGUCAAAAGCGCUGGGAGAAAAGUCUGGUCGGUGGGAUCUGUAUUAGUCAGUGUGUGGACCAACAGUACCACAGAAAGCAGACCUGGAGUCUAAUUCGAGGAAUUGUCAAAGCACGAAACCGCAGAGCGAAAGUGCCAGUCCCAAGCUGUGCCGACAUCAGAGGAACGUUCCCGUCUGCUUGGACCCCCACCCAGCUUCGCCGCAUGUCCCUAGACGAGCUGAAGGAGUGUGUGGAAGUCUUUGGUCAGGAUCCGUUGCUGAGCUCUGAGCAGCGACGGUCGCUCUGGGUGAAGCUCAGGCAGUCCUUGAGUCCGGUCAGGGAGCUGAGAGCGGAUCAGGUGCUAGCUUUGGGAUCAUUGUUGGCAGAGAUGGGAGACAGAGAGCUUCAGGACACCAGUCUCACUGAUCUGGGCGUGCUGGUACAUCUGGGCUCACUGACGAACUGGACCCCUCGAAAAAUGAGAGCGGUGGUUUUAAGUGUGCUGAGGAAAAGCGGACUGAAAGUGGAGCAUUUAUCAGUUGUUGAUAUGGCAACGCUUGGCCAUCUGAUCUGCGGUCUGAACCCCACAGAGAUUAAACGCCUGAGCCCCUACAACCUCAGCGUGGCCGUCCUGUUCCUGCGGGAAACGACCCUGCCCUGCACAGAGCAGCAGAUGGAGGCGCUGACAAACUGCCUGGCCAGAGUGGAGGCCUUUGGUCCUGUCAGUGCUUGGGGGCCGGAGAUUUUCACUGAAAUCGGGACACUUGCAGCGGGCCUGCCUGAUAUAGUGCUGUCAGCUCUGCUGCAAGAACAAAUGGAGGGAAUCACCCCUGAAGCUGUAGCGCUGAUGUCUCCGAAAAAGAUGGCAGUGGUGUUCAGUGCAGUGCAGUUAUCGUGGCUGAGUGCAGAGCAGGCGUGGGCCGUCACAGAGGAGCAGUGGGCAGAGCUGGACGCCGAACAGAGGCACGCUGUUGGACUGGCUCGCUACGAGGGAGACUUCCUGAUGGAGCUCAGAGGACGAAACUCUUCUCCAUCGCUCCUGAACACGGACAGCUUCGCUCUGUGCUCACUGGCUCUGUGCCUUUUGUUACAGCAGCUAAUUUAAAAUAAUGGGGAAAAAAAUUGAUUCUCACAUUGACUUCUCCUGGUAUUAUAUUUGUAAUGCAAAUAAAUAUUUUCAAUUACCCCCACAAUUCAUUGUAAUGGUGUCUGAAUUUACAAAGACACCAGAUGUGCUUUGUACCUUCAUAUGAUUCACUUUUAUGAGAUUUCUUAGCUUAAUAGGAUGUAAAUCACUGUUCACGUUCUUGUGCAAUGUUUAUUGACCUUUUGUUCGAACAAUAACAACAAGCGGUGACAGUGAUUAAUGUUUAUUUGACAGAGGAACAGGCUUUCUAACAUUUGUACAGCAUAACCAGGGAAAUAGACCUGAGAGGAGAUUUUAUUGCAUGCAGGGAACCAAACUGGAACAGUGAGAACAGAAAUGGAAUCAGCAACCUAUAAUAGACCGUUAAACUCUCGCACACAUUCAGUAAUAACUCUUGUUGGCUCAGUGAUUUGCUAACAGCAGCUCCUGGAGCCCGUCGUGUGAAAUGCCACCCCUCGUCCUCUGUGCAAAUUCAGCACAUGUAAUGUCUGGAUUUAUUUGAACUUCAAAAUUUGUCCUCUGCAACACUAAUUAGGUUUCUAGGUGUGUUUCUUUAACCAAAAAGAUGCAACAUUCAUACAUUUAUGUUAAGAUAAAAGAUUAAAUUCUGGGUAAAAUAAAGAAGCAACUCUAGUCAACAGACAAACAGCCAGCUGGAGGCGUUAAUGAGGUUAGAUCUUCUGUAAAGCUUUGUGUUAAUUAAACCAUCUUACUUAAUGAGUUUUAAUACAUCUAAUUGUAUGUUAUCCAAAUUCAGAUCUUAUUUUUACUCAUUUAAUGUAGUUGCAGCUACAUUCAAAAGUCAAUUUUCUAACGCAGUUUAUGACGGUUAAUAGGUAACUGACCACUUCAAUGAACUUUAGUCGGUCACUCCAUUCAGUUCCACCUACUGGCAGACCGCUGGAAGUGCAGAGAAACUUAUUUAAAACAGCAGCUGGGAAACAGCGAGAAAUACCUUGCAUCUCAAACAUACUGUCAGAUCCUAACAGUGCAAAACAUAUUAGUAACAUCAAGUAACAACUGAGGGCUAAUAAUUAUGAAAAAUUUAAAGUAUUGAUUUCAUAAUGAGUAGAAAUUGUCAAUAAUCUACUAACUUAGUUUAGAUUAGUUGUAUAGUUAGUAUCUUUUUAUUUUAUGUAGCUUAAGCACAGUACAGCGACACCUACAGGGAAGGUAGAAGUGAGAUUUGGAUGAUGCUCGGGCCAUGCUGAAGCUUUUAACUCAAAUAGUAGGUGAUUAGCAGCAGGCUCCUGCAGAAUCGGGGGACAGCUUUGGAAAUAAGUCGACUAUUUCACACAGAUCAGUUGGAGCAGGGAUACAUGCAGGAUCCAGGACCGGAGAGGAACCUGUUUAAGGCGCUGUAGUUGUUAAAGUGAGGAUGAUGAUGUAGCUAAAGGGGGUGAAGAUGCUGCUGUAACCUAAUUUGCUGGCAGAGCUCCAGGAAAAUAUUCGAUAGCUGGAGGCUCAAAAGAACCUGUUUUAGUGUGGGAGUCUGUUUAUGGUGAUCUUCUAAUGACAAAUUGUUCUAAUUAGGAACCUAAUUAUGUGUAUAUAUCAUUGAAUUUAGUGAUGUCUCCUUUUUAGAAACCUUUUCUUUAGCACCAGAGGCUAUAUAUACGUAACAUAUUUUUAUAUCAUAAAGUUAAAGAGUGGGGAAGUAAGGAGGGCUGCAAAAUGGACAGACCAGGGAGUUGGGAACACAGCUACAUUUUUCAUUGAACUGAACAAAAUGUGAAAAUGACACAAUCUGAGGACACUUUAUGUGGUUUUAACACAAUACACACUUGUCAUACAUAUAUUACAAAGUCUAAGCACAUGCUGUCCACCUUAGUGAACAUGGGAAAAACUCACUGAAGAAAAAGGUUAACUUUUUUGUCAUUGGUCUAAAGAGACCACGGAAACACUCACUUUCUUGUGCAAGGACCAUUGAAGACUCAGUUCAUGACUACAGAUGGUCGGUCAUAGAAUAAAGGAGAGGUAAAGAAGAUGAAUUAACGUUUAAAACAUGUUCAAGCUAGUUUGGCACAAAUCAUCAAGUAUAAGGCCAAAGAUUUAAUUUAGCAAUAGGAGAUUAAAUUCCUUCACUCAAAAUCCUACACCGAGACUUUUAUUCUGCUUGAGCUGAAAUAAAUCCAGUUAUGAUGUUAAUACACUUCAGUCACCCCCUUUCUCUUCUUGGCAUUGUGUAUCAUUAUUUAAUCGAUCCAACAGAGACAAGCGGAGCGAUGGUGGCGAAUGAAAUGGAUGAAAUGAAUUAAAAAGAUGCAACACAGGUGGCCUCACCGAUGGGAACCAGUUCAGAGUUGGCUGCAGGGAUGACCCAGAUGGUGCAUAUUUCAAAUUAAAGUCAAGUUUAAUCAUACUAUCAAAAAACUCUGCGACAUAGAAAAUCUAGCUUUGUUCUGGCAUUUAUCCAUUUUAGAACAGGCAGCUAACUGCGCAAAAAAACCCUUCAUUUUGAAGUAAAACAAACUCUGGGUUAAGAUUCUAUUGAUGUACUUUUUGUUGGACUUUCUAUAAGAGUUGCUGCCUUUUUAAUGUUUUGAU